UGUGCCUCGAUCAGAUUAAUUUCAUUUAUAACUCGCCAAGUAUUUUAAACCAGGCCGACAAAUUCUCUUAUUGACGGUUAAUAAUCGUUUGAUUUUUUUUAAACAGGAAAUUAUGGCAUCGGUAGUUGAUGACGAAGCCGGCGUUGCCGGCUUUUACGAUCCUGAGAAAGGCGGAUAUUCCGAUCAAUACAAACUGUCUGAAACCACACCCGUUUACAUCCGCCACCAGUUCAUCAGGAAAGUCUUCACCAUUGUUUUUCUACAACUCUUGUUUUCGUUUGGAUUUAUGCUUUUGGCGUACUAUGUAGAGUCGAUGAGGGCGUUUUUCAUUAAGUACCAGGUGUUUGGUUUGGUAUCUUUGGGAAUUUUCUUCAUCGCUUCUCUAGUGAUCAGCUUCGUACCAUCGCUAGUGAGAAACACUACGGGUGCUUUUGUGGCAUUCGGCCUCAUGACGCCACUGAUGGCAAUAGCGUUGGCGACGAUUUGCUGCCACUUCAAGUCGGUAGAAAUUGCAAUUGCGGGCGGAAUCACAACGGCAGUGGUGCUAGGACUGACGUUGUUCGCAAUUCAGACCAAGUACUCCUUCACCACGUGGAUCCCAUACGUGUUCGUGGCCGGACUUUGCUUCAUGCUCGUCACCUUCAUCACAUUCCCACUCGUUUACUAUUUAGGAUUUAAGACCAUGAGGAUGAUCUACGCAGGAGUAGGAGCACUCUUCUGCUCAAUCUACAUCCUCAUCGACGUACAACUCAUUGUCGGAGGCGGAAGAAAAUAUGAAUACUCUGUUGACGACUACUGCCUGGCCUCCAUUGCACUUUACACCGAUAUCAUUACCAUAUUUAUUGACAUUUUAAGACUAGUCUCUUCUUAAUUUAAUAUUUUUAUUUA